AUGUUCUCACUCCUCUUCACCAGUCUGGCCCUGCCAGCCCUGGCACUUUCCAAGUCCUUGCCUGCAAAGACUCUCGGCCAGCUCCCGCUUGGAACAUGGCUCGAAAACAUCGCCGUACGCCCCAACGGGGAUCUUCUGGCAACUCAGAUGUGGCCCUCUGCCAAGAUCUACACCAUUCGGGACCCUUCCGACUGCGAAAACUCCCUCGAGGAGCUCGUGUCAAUUCCUGCCAUUCAGAGCAUCUACGGCAUCGCUGAGGUUCCAUCUUAUCGCUCAAGGGCUGAGAAGUUUAUCAUUGUUGGUAGCAACUCGACCGGUGUCGGUGUUCCCGUCACUGGUACCUUCAGUGCCUGGUCAAUUGAGUUCCAGACUUCCCAUUACGGCUCCAAGGUCAAGGCCAAGAAGAUCAGCGACAUGGACAAGAGUGGAUUUCUCAACGGUGUCGCGGCCAUUCCCCACAGAUCUGAUGCUGUUCUUGUGGCUGAUUCUGCAAAUGGCUUGGUUGGCCGCCUCGACUUGGCUUCCGGCAAGUUUGAUACCUCAGCUUUUGUCUUCCCGCAGAUGGCCCCUAUCAAAGGCGCUGGUCUCCCAAUUGGAGUCAACGGUAUCCAGACCCACGACGGAUACCUCUACUUUGACAACUCGUACGAGGUUGCCAUCUACCGCAUCCCCAUCACCCCUGCAGGCUACCCUGUAAAGGGCGCCAAGCCCGAGCUUUUCGUCAACCUGUCCAGCGGCUUGACUUUCCUCGACGACUUUGCGUUGGAUACAAAGGGCAACCUUUACGGCGCUAGCAACUUUGACAACUCGGUUGUUUUUGUGAACGGCGCUACCCGGAAGUGGAAGAUCGUGGCUGGAGGAGUCGGCGAGAUGACUGUUGCAGGGUCCACGGCAGUGGCGUUUGGACGUGGAAGACAGGACAGGGAUGUGCUUUAUGUCUCUACAGGUGGUGCUCUUGCAAAGCCUGUCAAUGACACGAAGACGGAGGGUGCCAAGGUGGUUGCCGUCGAUACUCACCCUUAG